GAGAAACGCGAAGACUGAAGAUCGAUAUGACAGAUUAGAUGUCGUGAGUCUGGCGUGUGACGUAACAGGAACGGCUUUUCUAGCACGAAAAAUGGCCGGCGCCGUGUGGGCCGAGGACGAGAUCGGACGAAAGUGGGACCGUUGUUUUACGGAUGCCAUUCUUAAAUUAGGCGGUGGAAUAGUCCUUGGCGGAGUGUUUUCUCUAUUUUUCUUCAAAAGAAGGAGAUGGCCCAUUAUAACUGGUGCUGGCUUUGGAUUAGGCAUGGCAUAUUCCAAUUGUGAAGGAGAUAUAAAUGCAUCGAUACAUCAACAGACAUCUAGGAGCUGUAAAUCUGAAGGAAAGAAAUAAUUAUUAGGAUCUAUUGUGUAAAAAUAAAAUCAAAGUUAUUAUUAAAAUAAAAGUAUAUCAAUAAAUCCAAUAACUGUGCUGUAUUAA